AUGGGAGAUUGUAGUUUUGAAAUUCAAGAGAUGCAUAUUGGCGUUGAUGAUGUUAAGUUAGAAGAAAAAUUAGGAGUCAUUGACGUUUCUGAACAAUUCAUAGAUGAAGAAGGAGUUCAUGAAAGGGAAGAAUAUGUAAACAAGAUAGAAAGUUCCCUGAACUGCCUGGUUGAAGAAACGCCUCAAGAUUCUUUGAUGAAUGAUUUUGAAUCUGUUCAUUUGGAUAAAAGUUACUUGGGUGAUUGUCCUGCAAGUGAAACUCACACACAAUGUCAUAACACUGGCAGUCUGAAAGAUCAAAAAGUACAUGUAAAAUCUGAACAUUCAAGUAUCAAGGAUCACAAGUGUGAUCUGUGUGAUUUCGUGACAAGGUAUAAAAAAAACCUUGCUCUACAUAUCAAAUCUGUCCAUUCGAAUAUCAAGGACUACGGAUGUGACUUCUGUGAAUACUCAUCGAGGCAUAAAAAAGAACUUGAAAUACAUGUGAAAUCUGUCCAUUCGAAUGUGAAGGAACUUGAGUGUCACCUAUGUGAUUAUAAUACAAAUAGGAAAAUCAGCCUUAAGAAACACGUCGAUUCUGUUCAUUUGAAAAUCAAGAUGCACAAGUGCCACCUAUGCGAUCAUGCUGCUAGUGAUAAAGGAAAACUUAAUGUACACAUAAAAUCUGUUCAUUUUAAGAUUAGGGACCACAAGUGUCAUUUAUGCGAAUAUGCUGCUAGUGAGAAAUUUACCCUGGACGCGCAUAUCAAAUCUGUUCAUUUCAAUAUAAAGGAACACAAAUGCGACUCAUGCGAAUAUGUUGCGAGUGAAAAAAGAUAUCUUAAUAUUCACGUGAAAUCCGUGCAUUUAAAGAUCAAAGAAAAUAAGUGUCACUUAUGUGACUUUGCCUGUAGCGAUAAAAGAUAUCUGGAAGUUCACAUUAAAUCUGUUCAUUUGAAAAUUAAGCGAUACCAGUGCGAACUGUGCGAAUACGGAGCUAGUAGAAAAGAUACCCUUCAGAGACACAUUAACUCUGUUCAUUUGAACAUCAAAAAAUACAAGUGUGAACAAUGUGAAUAUUCUGCGAGUGAGAAACUCAAACUUGAUCGUCAUGUUAAGGCCGUUCAUUUCAAAAUUAAGGAACACAAGUGUCACUUUUGCGAAUACGCUGCUAGCGUGAAAAGUAACCUUGAUGUGCACAUAAAAUCUGUCCAUUUAAAUAUCAAGGAACACAAGUGUCACCUAUGUGAGUUUGUUACAAGUAGAAAAGAUGUCCUUCAGAGACAUAUCGACUCCAACUUCAAUCAUUUACAUCUCAAGAAAAACAAAUGUCAUUGAUGUCAAUAUGCCACUGGUGAAAAAAAAGACCACCAAACGCACACGAAAUGUGUUCAUUCGAAAAUUAAGAAACAUAAAUGUCACAAGCAGUGAAAAUACUCUUCCAAAUCACGUUAACUGUGUUCGUUCAAAUAUCAAGAAACACAAGUGUGAUUUAUGUGAAUAUGCUGCAAAUAACGUUCAGAAACUGAGGAACACAAGUGUCAUUUAUGUGUAGUAAAAGUAAUCUUCAAGAUCACAUCAACUGUGUUCAUUCAAAUAUCAAGAAAGAAGAGUCAAUUGUGUGAUUAUACCUGAUACAAAAAUGUACUAGGUGAUUUUCGGAAGCAUAUCGUCGAAUCUCAUCUUUGCUUCAAUUGACAAGUCGAUCAAAAACAAAAGAGAAUUAUAAACCAUAUGGUUAACCUUCCUGAAAUGACAACAAUAAGCAAGACUGCUUUAGUGCAACAACUAACCUAACCUUACAUCAUAUUAAAAUCGUGUCUCAGAUAGAUUGAACUGAUCUUGAGACAACACAAAAUCUGUAUCUGCCAUUCAUGUUUAUCAAUUGUGUUUGAAGUAGUAAAAGUACUGUGAUUUUACUAAAUUUUUCCUAAUAAAAAUAAAAUUUCAUUCUGGAUAUC